AUGUUUGGUGGUGGUGGUAAUAAUUUAUUCUCUGGAUUUGGCUCCACUACAGCCAAACCAGCAGCAACUUCACCAUUUGGAACAUCAACUAGUUUAUUUGGUAGUUCUGCUACACCUUCAACCACAUCAACUUUUGGAUCACCUUUUGGUGGUGGAUUUGGACAGACUGCAGCACCAGCAGCAUCAACAACUAGUGGAUUCGGUGGAUUCGGAUCUACUCAACCAACUUCUACAUUUGGUGCCUCGACUGCCACCUCUGGUUUCGGUUCAUUUGGAUCAGGAACAUCUGGAUUUGGUGGUGCAACACAACCAACAUCAACAUUCGGUACAUCAUUAGGUUCAAGUCCAUUCGGUUCAAAUACUUCUGCACCAUUCGGAUCAACUGCAUCUAGUAAUCCAUUUGGUUCUGGUACAACUGCGACCGCUUCCACACCUUUCGGUAUGUCUACACAGACUGCUGCUGCCCCGGCAUCGACAAGCUUCUUUGGUGGCGGACAAAACUCUUUGUUGGCAGGUGCCAACACUGCUACGAGUUCCAGUCCUUUCGGUACCAGCUUUGGUGGUACUACCAUGGGCGGUUCAUCACCGUUCGGUUCGAGCUCGAUGACUUCUUUCGGUGCUACCACCGCCGAGAAGCCAACUGGAACAGGCAAUCCUCCCUAUCAAAUGACCAAUGCCGAACAAGGUUUGCGAUUGAUUUCCAUCUGUGGUAUGGACGCGUAUAAGGAUAAGUCACCGGAGGAGUUGCGUGUAGAAGACUACCGUAAGAAAGAACAAGGUCAACUCAAUCCAACCGCUCAACCAACUGGAUUCGGUGCCAAUGUCAGCAACCCAUCGCCAUUCGGCAGCAGCUCGUUGACCACUGGUAGCUCACCGUUUGGAAGCAGCGCAACCGGUUCCUCGCCAUUCGGACAGAGCGCUACUGCCACUACUGGAAGCUCACCAUUUGGAACAUCGUUGGGAUCCACACUCGGCACAACCACAUCGCCAUUCGGUCAGACAGCAACACAAACCACUCCAUUCGGUACCACUUCAAGCACUGCUACAUCCUCGCCAUUUGGUCAGGCAGCACCAGCCACCUCCACUCCAUUUGGUUCGUCAAGUUUGACCACUGGAAGCAGCAUCUUUGGUAACUCUGGAUUUGGUUCCACUCAGCAACAGACUCAACAAGCACAACCCUCAAGUAUAUUCGGAUCGUCCGCAACAACCACACAAUCGCCAUUUGGAUUGGGAUCGGGAACUUCCGCCCAGCCAUCACUCUUGGGACAAAAUACAUCUCAACCAACUACAAACUUGUUUGGAAACAUGGGAACUCCACAAACUCAACAACCGGCCUCGCCAUUUGCACAACAAACCAACUCACUCUUUGGCGCAACUACAACCCCUGCCACCACUUCACCAAUGGGAGGUGGCACCGGUCUCAACCUCUUUGGAAACACACAAAAUCAACAACAACAAACCUCCUCAACACCAUCGCUAUUUGGACAGGGUAGCCAAACUCCAACACUAAGUCUCACAGGAAAUACAGGUACCACCGGAUCAUUGUUUGGUAACACACUGGGAUCUGGCAACACCGCUACACCAAGCUUAUUCGGUACAUCAAGCAGCCUCGGAUCGGCUACACCAACUCUUAACUUGGGUGGCACCAGCUCAUUGCUCGGCAACACUUCACAACCAUCUUCAUUUUUUGGACAAUCCGCACAACCAGCCACUGGAACCAAUUUAUUCGGAAAUAGUUCGAUCGGUUCACUCGGACAACAGCCAGCACAAUCGUCAUUCCUCAGUUUCAACCAACCGAAUAACCAAACCAGUUCACUCGGUUCACUCGCACAACCUCAAACCAGCUCACUCGGCUCACCAUUUGGUCUUAGCUUGGGUGCCAAUACAUUGACCGCCAACACUGCUCAACAACCAGCAGCCGUUGCAGUCACUCAACAACCACAGGUCAACUUGAACAAUUCGAUUGCCAGUUCUACACCCUAUUUCCCAGUGCCACCACCUCCACCCAUUCCAGAGCUAAUGAAGUCGUUGCCAAAGGCACCUCUUGCCGCUUCGGCAUCGGCUCUCUCCACCAAAUCCUAUCAUACCUACGCACCACGUUCAACAACCAAAUUGGUUCCCAAGCGUUUCAAUGCAUCUACUUAUGGUGGUGUUGAGUUUGACGCAGGUUAUGCCAGCCAAUAUUCACAGGUUCCACUUCAAACACAAUUCCCAACACCCCAAUUUACUUUUGACCGUUUCGUUUCGAAAUACUCGAAAUCUCUCAAGAUCAACACUGCCAAUGAAACUGAAGAAUCACUCACUGGCAGUUUGAAUCUUGGCUCGAGUGGACUAGGUGAAUCGUCAACCUCCUACACCUCAUCAAUGUAUCCAAAUCUUUCAGAGGCAUCAUCUUCAUCUUCGACAACCUCCUACACUUCACCACCAAUUCCAAAGUCCUCUUCAACAACCAAUUUUGGAUCACCACCAAAGAACAAUACCUCCACUCAAUCACUCUACGAAUCAAACAACAUCAACAACAGUCAAUCGAAUAGCAACAGCAGUAACAACAUUAACAAUAACCAAGAAUCCAAUACAAGUGUAACUUCACCAGCUUCUGCAGCGUCAUCUUCCAACACUAACAGCAACAACUCAUCAUCAUCGACCGCUCAACUAAAGACCAACCCACACGCACCAAAACUCACCAAACCAUCAUACUUUUGUCGUCCUUCUAUUGAGGAGCUCCAAAAGAUGUCGGACUACGAGUUGGCAAACGUCAGAGAUUUCAUCAUUGAACGUACAGGCUAUGGUUCGGUUAUGUUCAUUGGUGAUGUAGAUGUUCGUGAUAUCAACCUCGAUGAUAUUGUAACCAUCAAGACACGUGAGAUCUCCAUCUAUCCCGAUGACUCUACCAAGCCAGAGGUUGGUGAAGGUCUCAACCGUCGUGCACUUGUCACUCUCCAACAAUGUUGGCCAUUGAACCCCGAGGGUGGAUAUCGUCGUUCCGAGGAGGAUCUCACUCGUUACGAAUCACUACUCAAGCGCAAAUCAAAGAACGACGGAAUUCAAUUCCUCGAGUACGACGGUGAUGCAGGUCUCUGGAGAUUCAAGGUCGAGCACUUUAGCAAAUACUCUGCACCGGACACUCUUGAGGAUGCUCCCAUCGAAGUGGAAUCAACUCCAGCUGCCACCGUACCAAAACCAAAGUUUUCUGCAACCAUCACACUCGAUGAAAUCACUGACGACUAUGAAGAAACUGAGCAGUCACCACAUAGAAAACUCUUAAAGACCCCAUUCAACAAGAGAACCUUAAAAUCAAAUAACCCAACUCAAAGAAAUGAAGAUAUGUUUAAAGUUGAAAAUACAAAUGUCUCUCCAUUAUCAUCUUUUUACGAGAACUCUUUGUCAUCUCCAUCUUCAAACAAAGUUCAAAGAAGAUUGUCUCCUCCAAUGAUCCCAAUUGAAAGACAGCAACAAGCUUCGACUUCAAGAUUCAAUCCAAUGACCACACCACACCCAACCAAAUCUAUGUCAAUUAAUUUCACACCAUCUGUUACUUCACCAUUGAAAUCAUCGAUUUAUCAACAAACAUCGGUUGCUCCGCAAUCAAGAAUCCCACAAUCAUUGAUUCCAAUUCAACAACAAUCGAAUGAAUCAAUUCAAGUGGUUCCAGUUGCUCCAGAACCAGUUGAAGAUCCAUUCUCAAAAAUUGUGAUCAAUCCAAAGAUUUUGGAUUUGAAAGUACCAGCCAAGGAUUAUGCUUUCAAGUUGAACACAAAACCUCAGGCCAUGGAUUCAUCUCAAAUGAGAAGAUCAUUCCGUGUUGGAUGGGGACCAAACGGCCAAUUGGUAGUUCCACAUAAAUCAUCGAACCAAACAGUUGUACUUCAAAAGUUGCCAACUAAAACCAGUGGAUCUAAUCUUGUUGUUGAGUUCCUAAAGAGUCAUCUCAAUCAUUCCAGUGUAUCGACCAAGGAGAAUGUAGAUGGUUGGUUCAAUCUCACCAAAGUACAAGAGCAAUUGGCAAUUCACACCUCAAAGGAGAGCAAUGAAGUUGCCAGUAGAAUUUGGAAGUUGGUCACUGCUCUUUGGGGUGCAAACAACCAAUUCACCCAAUUGUCAUACAGUGAGGAGGUAAAGAGAAGAUUGAGUUUGAAUCAAUGGUUGAAGGAUGUAGUUGGACCGAUCGUCGACCAAGAGAUCAAAGAGUUGAAGAAGAAACCAUCGAACUAUUUGGAUACCGUCUUUUCUCAUCUCUCUGCCAAGCAAAUCAAUGAAUCCACAAGUCUUGCAUCGACAAACAAAGACUUUCGUUUGGCAUUGAUGAUGACCCAGGCUUGGGGAGAUUCCAACGGAAAGGACAUGCUUCUUGCUCAAAUAAAGCAAUGGGAUGAAGAAGGACUGCUUGCAAACUUUGAAACAAAGAGAGUUGAGAUUAUCAAGCUUAUCUCUGGUGACAUUGACCUCGUCUACAAGAAUGUUAAUGAUUGGUAUCGUUGUUUUGCCAUCAAUUUCUGGUAUAAAUACACAUUCAAUUCACCAUUGCCAAGUAUCAUUCACUCCUAUGAAGAAUCGUUCCAAAAGCGAAUCUCUACUGCGCCAAUGCCUCAUUACAUUCCAAAGAACAUCAGUCAAUCAUUACAUGGCCGUAUGGAAUACUAUGAUACUUGCUAUCUCUUGUUAAAGUUAUUUGGUAUCAAUCGCUUCGAUAAAUUCGAUAAUAUUUUCUAUCCUGAGAAUGUUACCACCGAUAUCAUCGACUAUAGUUUGUCGUGGUGUUUGUUCUCCAUUCUUCAAGCACUUCCUCAACUAAACAAACAACCAGAUAUCAAUAACCAACCACUCCUUCAUUGUUCAUUUGCAGCUCAACUUGAAAGAUUAGGAUUAUGGCAAUGGUCUGUCUAUGUUUUAUCACAUAUUCCAGAUAAACAUUGUUUCUUAAGAGAAGAUGCAAUGAAAUCAUUAAUUUCAAGACAUAUCUAUGGUCUUAGGCCUGAAGAUAGAAAGUUUUUAACCAACAGCCUAUUGGUUCCUGACAUUUGGAUUGAUGAGUGCUACUCUUGGUGUCUUGGUUACGAACACAGACCAAAGGAUCAAUUUUUAUAUAUGUUAAAGUCUGGACAAUAUUCAUUAGCUCAUAAUUUAAUUCUUGAAGAUUUCGGUCCAAACUAUAUUAUUACAGCUCAAUAUAAUAAUUUGAAAGAAUUAUUAAGAAAGUUCCAAGGUCAUGCAGAUGUCAUUGCUUCAUGGAAUUUUGGUGGUGCAGUCUAUGUUGAAUUUAUUUAUAUCUCUACUCACUUUAGAGAGUGCCUCGAGGAUAUCACUUCGAAAUCGAACGCAAUGAACUACUUUAAUAAUAAGAACAAGUUGAAGGAUUUGGCAACCAGAGCCGCUUCGUUGUGCUUAUCGAUUAGCCAACUUUCACAGACCACCUAUUACAAGAAGAGUGCCACCGAUCUCUAUCGUGUCUCGCUCUCUGAGAUCUCCAGAAGACUAUUGGACUACUGUCAAAGUGCAUACGAGAUACUCUCAAUUGACACCAACAAGUCAGAGCUUUUACAACCAAACGAUUAUGGUUCAUUCUUAAAGACUCUUCCAUUGACCGAAAACUACAGAAUCAGUCAACUCAAUGUUAUUACACAACAAUGUCAAGAUGAUUUAUUAGAAUCGAUAUAUGCACAACAUUCUGUUUAA